CACAAAUAUGAAACUCUAAUGAAUGGCAAAAUGCCAAUUGAAUCACAUUUACAUAAACACUUGGCAGAGCACCUAAACUCCGAAAUUGCUUUGGAUACCAUCAACAAUCUUGAGGUAGCCAUGAAUUGGAUGCGUUCAACGUAUUUUUAUGUGCGGUCGAUGCAAAAUCCUACGUACUAUGGUUUAGAGCAAAAUAUGGAUAAGGAUAUAAUUGAAAAUAAGUUGGAAAAGCACCUAAACUCCGAAAUUGCUUUGGAUACCAUCAAUAAUCUUGAGGUAGCCAUGAAUUGGAUGCGUUCAACGUAUUUUUAUGUGCGGUCGAUGCAAAAUCCUACGUACUAUGGUUUAGAGCAAAAUAUGGAUAAGGAUAUAAUUGAAAAUAAAUUGGAAAAAAUGUGCUUAGUGCAGAUACAAGAACUUGAGAGCGCUGGUCUUAUAUCCAGAAAUCCACAAAAUGAAUUAGAUGUGCAAACAACCAGUUAUGGCAAACUAAUGGCCAAAUAUUAUCUAUGCUUCGAGACAAUGAAACUUUUUCGACAGAUUCGUGGUGAUGAAACAUUCUUAAAAAUUCUUGAGCUGAUUGUACGUUGCAGAGAAUUCAAUGAAUUCGCUGUCAGAGUAAAUGAGAAGCGAAUUUUGAAUGCGUUAAAUAAUACACCAUUGCGAUUUCCGCGUGCCGGUCGCAUCAAAACGCGUGAGGAUAAAAUUUCAUGUUUGUUGCAAGCGGUAUUUGGGAAUACACCGAUCGCCUCCCCCACUUUGGCGCUGGAAUCGCUGAAAAUGAUACGCAUCGGUGAUCGUAUUGCAAAAUGUCUGUUGGAGUAUAUGCGAUUGUCAGAGCAUCAAGCGCAUGCAUUACAUUUGGGCCGCUACAAGGCGUUAUUGCAUACCGUGACAAUCGCGAAAUGCUUCCAUGCCAAAAUGUGGGAAAAUUCAGAGUAUGCAGCGAAACAAUUGCAGAAAAUCGGUGCCGUUUACUCAGCUCAACUGGUGUACGCUGGGAAAACUACACUGAAAUCACUGAGGGCGACAGAGGCGCGCACCAUUGAAGCGAUACUAAACAAAUCGUAUCCCUUUGGCGAUGAGAUAUUGCAAAAUCUACAACAGACUUUCCCUGAAUAUACGUUGCAAUUGGAGCGCGAUUCGCAAUGUAUGUUGUGUCUCUGUGUGCGACAAGUUAACGAAGCUUUUGUUUGUCGUGGCACAAAUGCGAUGCUGAUUGUGGGUGACUCGGAAAAUGAGCUUUUGCUUUUCAUCGAAGAUCUGUAA